UUCUUGAAUUAGUUAUUUAAAGAAAAAACAAUAUGUACUUCUCUAAUUUAAAAGUAUUGAAACUCAAUUUCAAUUCAUUUCAAUUGUGCAGUGUUACAAUAAUCAGCAAAUUUCGGACACAUCACACAACAAAUAUAAUCUCAAAGAUCGAAUUCGACUUCGAGAAAAAUCAGAUGAUUAGCAAUGGAACAAGAAAAUGUCAAAGGCAAAAACAAUAAUCAAGACGGAGUACCCCUUCUAGAAGGAAAAAACUCGGUAGACGACGCUUCUUCUUCGUCUUCUUCUCCUUCCACUUCCUCAAUCCAAGAUCACAACUCCUCCGAAAAACCCCAAUUAGUAACCGACGAUGAAAAUGAAAAAAAUACCAAUACGCCCCUCGCUUCGGAAAAUGCAAACUCGGAAGCUAUGAUGAAAUCCCCACCGGCCCAAAUGAUGGGCGGGCCUUUACCCGAACCGCCCGGUUACGACCCUAACCGAAUACCCGCUUCGGUUUUCGCCAAAUCGAACACCGCUGGUGAGUGGAGCGUGGCAUCGAACGAGUCUUUAUUUAGUAUUCACAUGGGGAACAAUAGUUUCUCGCGUGACUAUGCUAUUUUAUUCGGAAAAUCCGGAGAGUUCCCGAGGCCCGAAGAUUGGCCCGGCCCGCAAUCUAACCCAUUCGGAAAGUCCGGUGAACUCCCUAGACUCGAAGACUGGAAUAAUAAUAAUAUUAAUAAUAAUGAUCAAGUGGUGAUGAUCAAUAAUAAUAGCCUUCCACCGGUUAUGGAAGUUCCGGCGCACGAAGAGAAUAGCAUGCAAUCGGGAGAACUUUCUAGAAGCGAUAAGAAGGAAGAAGAGGAGAAGAGCCCAACUGUAGAGAAUCAUGAAAAGCCUACAGUUCCUACAGUUUCACCUGAAGUUGCUAAGAAAGAGCCUAUUGCCGAGAGUCCUAAAACUUCUUCACCAAGUAACACUCUUCCGCCGUAUUCGAGCCCGCCUCGAUUCUCUAGCGGCAGCGGACAUAGCGGCAGCUCCUUCGCAUUCCCCGUGUUAGUGAGUGAAUCGGGAAAGACGGCGGGUUCGUUGAAGGUGGUACCGGAGAAAGAAGAGGUGUUAUUACCGGAGGGGAAAGAAGAAGUAUCUAAAGAGAAUAUUCCGGCGGAUGCAGGUGCGACGGAGACAAAAUCGUGGUUUCCUUGCUUCGCUUGUUGGCCACGGUGCUGUUAAGAAUGUCGUCGCGCAAUUAAUUAAUUAAUUAAUGAUAUGGUCCUAAUUAAGAUGAAAUUUGUAUAUCAUCAAGUAGUUAAUUUUUAAACUGUCUGCAAAUUAAUUGAAACCCUAGCUACUUCAUGAUGGUAUAUAUAUAUAGGAGAAAGCAAAAGGAAAAGAGUCCAUUGUAAGAAGUUUCUUGGUUCAUUUGUAAAAGUAAAUACAGUGAUGCUUUCAAGCUGAUUAUAUAGUACUAUUUUGUGCACAUUGUGAUUAAUUAACGGACAAAUUACGACCACCACUGAGUUAUGGUCAAAUUACGAAAACCUCCUUCUUGUUGGGUAAUUAUAGUCACCCAUUUAACUAUGUAUUAUUUAACGAAAAGACCUCUUCAGAGGUAAAUUU